AUGGCGAUGACGGAGAAACUGGUGACGACGUGCCCGGAGGUCACGACGGGGUGGAAUCGAAGGAAGGAGGCGGUGGAGCUCGGCGCGGAGACGGCGGAGGCGGCGCGCGAUUGGUGGAGCGAAGAACUCAGGGUGAGCGAGAUCGCGCUCAGGAACGCGCCGAAGAGUUAUCCGAGCUGGUAUCAUAGGAAAUGGACGGUGUCGAGGAUGAUUCGAACGAUGGGAAGGGAGUCGGAGACGGUGCGGAUGACGCUCGAGCGCGAACGCGCGCUGUGCUCGCGACUGCUCGACGCCGACGAUAGAAACUUUCACUGCUGGGCGUAUCGACGGUUCAUCGUCCAAUCGCUCGGGGUGACGACGGAGGAGGAAUUGGAAUACACGUUGAAGAAGAUCGAGGACAAUUUUAGCAAUUACAGCGCGUGGCAUCAGCGAAGCGCGAUUUUGGAUGCCCGCGGCGACGUCGAUUCGGCGACGCUCAAGGGGGAAUUCGAGCUCGCAUCGAACGCGUUCUACACCGAACCCGAGGACCAGAGUGCGUGGAUGUAUCAUAGGUGGCUCAUAGCGCGCGCGCGUGCGCUGAAGAUCCCGGACGAGCGCGAUGCGGCGAUCGCGAGCGCGCUCGAGAUCUGUCGAGAGGUGGCCGAGCUUGAACCCGGGUGUAAGUGGCCGCUUCUCGCGCGCGCCAGCCUCGAGGACGAGAAAUCGCGCCGAGACGUGCUCGACCGUUUGUCUUCGAUCGAUCCGGCUCGUGUUGGGUACUACCGCGACGUCGCGUAG